GUAGGAUGCCAGCAUCCAUAAUGUCCUGAAUCUGGAAACAAGGGAAAAAAGAGAAGUCAGUCCACAGGAAUACCCCCACCCCACCCCAGCUUUUGGUUUGCUUCUUGCUAAUUUUAUAGUUAGAUUAAUGCAUUGCUGGAUGUGACUCUUCCACCAUGUGGCUUCUGAGGCUAAAGCACCAUCUGUCCGUCAAUAUUUGGACCCUGCUGCUUCUGGGUAGUGCUUGGCUGCCAUUGGCAAAAGGCACUCCCAAAACCUCCUCUCCUUUUAUGACUUUCCAGGUCACAGACUGGAGUUUGACACACUUGGUAGUCCAUAACAAAACUGGGGAAGUAUAUGUGGGUGCUGUCAACCGGAUCUAUAAGCUUGCAAACAAUCUGACAGAAAUGCGCACUCACGUGACAGGUCCAGUAGAUGACAAUGAGAAGUGUUACCCACCACCUAGUGUGCAGUCUUGUCCACAUGGGCUAGUCAGUACCAACAAUGUCAAUAAAUUGCUGCUGGUGGAUUACUCUGGGAACCGUCUGAUAGCCUGCGGCAGUGCUUCGCAAGGUAUCUGCCAGUUCCUGCGCUUGGAUGAUCUCUUCAAGUUGGGUGAGCCGCACCACCGCAAGGAACACUACCUCUCUAGUGUCAAUGAGUCAGGAACAAUGUCCGGUGUCAUAAUUGAAGUGCAGAAUGGACAAAACAAGCUCUUCAUUGGAACUCCCAUUGAUGGAAAAUCUGAGUAUUUCCCUACUCUGUCCAGCCGUAAACUGAUGGACAGUGAAGAGAACGCAGAGAUGUUUGGCUUUGUUUAUCAAGAUGAAUUUGUUUCCUCUCAGCUCAAGAUACCAUCAGAUACGCUCUCCAAGUUUCCCACAUUUGAUAUCUAUUAUAUCUAUAGUUUCAGUAGCGAGCAGUUUGUCUAUUACCUGACACUGCAGCUGGACACCCAGCUUACCUCACCCGACUCUACAGGAGAGCAGUUUUUCACCUCAAAAGUUGUCCGGCUAUGUGUGGAUGACCCCAAGUUUUAUUCAUAUGUAGAAUUUCCCAUUGGUUGUGUUCGAGAUGGCAUUGAAUACCGCUUGAUUCAGGACGCUUACCUCAGUAAACCUGGAAAGGCCUUAGGCAAGCAACUGGGCAUCUCAGAACAGGAGGACAUUCUCUUCACUAUCUUCUCUCAGGGCCAGAAGAACAGAGUCAAGCCACCAAAGGAAUCUGUUCUCUGCCUUUUCACAUUGAAAAAAAUCAAAGACAAGAUCAAGGAGCGCAUCCAAUCUUGCUACCGUGGAGAAGGGAAGCUUUCUCUGCCCUGGCUUUUAAAUAAGGAAUUAGGUUGCAUAAAUUCACCCUUGCAAAUAGAUGACAAUUUCUGCGGGCAGGAUUUUAACCAACCAUUGGGUGGAACUGUCACCAUUGAAGGUGUGCCGCUCUUUGUGGACAAGGAAGAUGGCAUGACAUCAGUGGCUGCUUAUGACUACCACGGACACACAGUUGUUUUUGCUGGUACACGAAGUGGCAGGAUAAAAAAGAUCUUGGUUGAUCCUGCUAGUCCCAUUGGACAUUCAGCCUUGCAAUAUGAGAAUGUGGUGGCCCAUGAUGGGAGCUCAAUUUUGCGGGAUUUAGUGCUCAGCCCUGAUCUGCAAUACCUUUAUGCCAUGAGUGAGAAACAGGUGACUCGUGUGCCAGUGGAAAGCUGUGAGCAAUAUACAACAUGCGCACUGUGCCUGGGUUCCAGGGAUCCUCACUGUGGUUGGUGUGUCCUACAUAAUAUCUGCUCUCGGAAGGACCACUGUGAUCGAGCCGAUGAACAUCAGCGUUUUGCCUCAGAUCUGCGCCAGUGUGUUCAACUUACUGUUCAGCCUAGGAAUAUAUCAGUCACCAUGUCAGAGGUCCUGCUGGUUUUGCACGCCUGGAAUGUUCCUGAUCUCUUGGCUGGUGUGAACUGCUCCUUUGAAGAUUUCACAGAAUCUGAAAGCCGUAUUGAAGAUGGCAGAAUCUACUGUAGUUCUCCGUCUACAAAAGAUGUCAUACCUAUUACCAGAGGGCAAGGUGAUAAGCGAGUGGUAAAGCUCUAUCUCAAGUCCAAAGAGACAGGAAAGAAAUUUGCAUCUGUGGAUUUUGUAUUUUACAACUGUAGUGUUCACCAAUCCUGCCUGUCCUGUGUGAAUGGAUCCUUCCCUUGCCACUGGUGUAAAUAUCGUCACAUUUGUACUCACAAUGCAGCAGAUUGUUCCUUCCUAGAAGGCCGUGUCAACAUGUCUGAGGACUGCCCACAGAUCCUUCCAACCACCCAGAUCUAUAUCCCUGUUGGUGUGGUGAAGCCUAUCACUUUAACAGCCAAAAACCUGCCACAGCCGCAGUCCGGACAGCGCAAUUACGAGUGCAUCUUCCAUAUCCCUGGGAACCCUUCCCGUGUCACUGCCCUGCGUUUUAACAGCACCAGCAUCCAGUGUCAGAAUACCUCGUAUUUCUAUGAAGGGAAUGACAUCAGUGACCUCCCAGUGAACCUUUCUGUCGUGUGGAAUGGAAACUUCAUAAUUGACAAUCCACAAAACAUCCAAGCUCACUUGUACAAGUGCUCAGCUCUGCGAGAAAGCUGUGGGCUGUGCCUCAAGGCAGAUCCACGCUUUGAGUGUGGCUGGUGUGUGUCAGAAAAACGGUGUUCCCUCCGACAACACUGCCCAGCAUCGGAAAGCAGCUGGAUGCAUGCGAGCAAUGGCAAUAGCCGUUGUGCAGAUCCCAAAAUCAUUAAGUUGUUUCCUGAAACAGGCCCCCGACAAGGUGGUACUCGGUUAACCAUCAUUGGUGAGAACUUGGGUCUGAAGUUUGAAGAUGUACGCAUGGGUGUGCGGGUUGGCAAAGUGAUAUGCAUACCCAUUGAAAGUGAAUAUAUCAGUGCUGAGCAGAUUGUCUGUGAGAUUGGAGAAGCCAGCCCCAGCAAAACUCAAGAUGCUCCUGUAGAAGUGUGUGUCAGAGACUGUUCCCCCAGCUACAAGGCUAUAGCUCCAAAAAGCUUCACCUUUGUGGUUCCUACUUUCUCACAAGUCAUCCCAGCUCGUGGCCCUCUUUCUGGGGGCACCUGGAUUAGCAUCAGAGGAAGGCAUCUCAAUGCAGGAAGUAACAUCACAGUGACCAUUGGGGGGCAACCAUGUGCUUUUGCAGGGAGAAAUGCUGGUGAGAUCCAAUGUAGGACACCACCUGGUCAGAUCCCAGGAAGUUCAGCCAUCCUCAUUCAUAUAAAUCGGGCUGUACUUAGCAGUUCUGAUGUUACAUAUUAUUAUACUGAGGAUCCCACCAUUCAAAAGAUAGACCCUGAAUGGAGCAUCAGAAGUGGUGGGACAUUGUUGACUGUGACAGGCACCAACCUGGCCACUAUCAAAGAACCCAGAAUCCGAGCCAAAUAUGGCAGUGCUGAGAAGGAGAAUAACUGUACAGUCUACAAUGAUACCACCAUGGUAUGUUAUGCUCCUUCCAUUGAUAACCCAAUCAAGAGCCCUUCAGAGCUUGGUGAUCGACCAGAUGAGAUUGGUUUUAUCAUGGACAAUGUCCAGGCCUUGUUGAUCAUCAACAGGACUAACUUCGUCUAUUACCCAGAUCCUGUGUUUGAAUCUUUGCCAUCUGGUAUGCUGGAGCUCAAGCCAAGUUCUCCUCUUAUCCUCAAGGGCCGCAACCUGCUCCCACCUGCAUCUGGUAAUUCCCGGUUAAACUACACUGUGCUUAUUGGAGACACCCCCUGCACUCUUACUGUUUCUGAGACCCAACUGCUCUGCGAGUCACCAAAUCUCACAGGACAACAUAAAGUGACGAUUAAGGCUGGGGGGUUUGGGUUCUCUCCAGGGACACUCCUGAUAUAUUCUGACAACUUGCUGACCUUGCCGGCCAUUAUUGGCAUUGGUGGAGGAGGAGGUCUCCUCUUGCUCAUCAUCAUAAUUGUCCUUAUUGCAUACAAACGAAAGUCUCGAGAUGCUGACCGCACACUCAAACGUCUCCAGCUGCAAAUGGACAACUUGGAAUCGCGCGUGGCCUUGGAAUGCAAGGAAGCUUUUGCUGAGCUGCAGACUGAUAUCCAUGAGCUGACCAAUGACUUGGAUGGGGCUGGCAUCCCCUUUUUGGAUUAUUGCACCUAUGCCAUGAGAGUCCUCUUUCCAGGAAUAGAAGACCAUCCUGUACUGAAAGAAAUGGAGGUCCAAGCCAAUGUGGAGAAGUCUUUGACUCUCUUCGGGCAGCUGUUGAACAAAAAGCACUUCCUGUUAACCUUUAUUCGGACCUUGGAGGCACAACGCAGCUUCUCCAUGCGCGACCGGGGUAAUGUGGCCUCUUUAAUCAUGACAGCCCUACAGGGUGAGAUGGAAUAUGCCACUGGAGUGCUCAAACAGCUUCUCUCAGAUCUGAUUGAAAAAAACUUGGAGAGCAAGAACCAUCCCAAAUUGCUCUUGAGGAGGACUGAGUCAGUGGCUGAAAAAAUGCUGACCAACUGGUUCACAUUCCUUCUGUACAAGUUCCUAAAGGAAUGUGCAGGUGAACCUCUGUUCAUGCUGUAUUGUGCCAUCAAACAGCAGAUGGAAAAGGGGCCUAUAGAUGCCAUCACUGGAGAAGCCCGCUACUCCCUGAGUGAAGACAAGCUCAUCCGGCAACAAAUUGACUACAAAAUGUUGACACUGAACUGUGUGAACCCUGAAAAUGAAAAUGCUCCUGAAAUCCCAGUCAAGGUCUUGAAUUGUGAUACCAUCACACAAGUGAAGGAAAAGCUGUUGGAUGCUGUGUACAAAGGAGUACCCUAUUCCCAAAGACCCAAAGCAGGAGACAUGGAUUUGGAGUGGCGGCAGGGCAGGAUGGCUCGGAUAAUUCUUCAAGAUGAAGAUGUCACAACAAAGAUCGACAAUGAUUGGAAAAGGCUCAACACUCUAGCUCAUUACCAGGUAACGGAUGGUUCGUCUGUGGCCCUGGUGCCCAAGCAGAACUCUGCCUACAACAUUUCUAACUCCUCCACUUUCACGAAAUCACUCAGCAGAUACGAGAGUAUGCUCCGGACAGCUAGCAGCCCUGACAGUCUCCGUUCCCGGACCCCCAUGAUCACACCUGACCUGGAGAGUGGCACCAAGCUAUGGCAUCUGGUGAAGAAUCAUGAUCACAUGGAUCAACGAGAAGGUGAUCGUGGCAGCAAGAUGGUCUCAGAAAUAUAUUUGACUCGCCUGUUAGCUACUAAGGGAACUUUGCAGAAGUUUGUGGAUGACCUUUUUGAGACCAUCUUCAGCACAGCCCACCGAGGGAGUGCCUUGCCUCUGGCCAUCAAGUACAUGUUUGACUUCCUGGAUGAACAAGCUGAUAAGCACCAGAUCAAUGACUAUGAUGUCAGGCACACUUGGAAGAGUAACUGUCUACCUCUGCGUUUUUGGGUGAAUGUGAUUAAGAACCCGCAAUUUGUGUUUGACAUUCACAAGAACAGUAUUACUGAUGCCUGCCUGUCAGUGGUGGCUCAGACAUUCAUGGACUCCUGCUCAACUUCUGAGCACAAGCUAGGGAAAGACUCUCCCUCCAAUAAACUACUGUAUGCCAAGGACAUCCCUAACUACAAGAGCUGGGUAGAAAGAUAUUAUGCAGAUAUAGCUAAAAUGCCAGCAAUCAGCGAUCAAGACAUGAGCGCCUAUUUGGCAGAGCAGUCACGGUUACACUUGAGCCAGUUCAACAGCAUGAGUGCCCUGCAUGAGAUCUACUCAUACAUUACCAAGUACAAGGAUGAGAUUUUAGCUGCUUUAGAGAAGGAUGAACAGGCCCGAAGACAACGGCUGCGAAGUAAGUUGGAGCAGGCAAUUGACACAAUGGCCCUAAGUAGCUGAAAAGGCCGAGUUGCUGUUGCAGACUUCCUAGCAGUGGAUGCUAAAAGAGAGGGGGCAAGCAAGUUGCAGCAACAAGAAAACACACAAGAUAUAUCGGGGCCCAGCACAAAACAGUGCACAGAGUCUGCUGCAUCUUUGAACCAUUUGCACCAAUUGAACAGAAGAAAAACAAACAAACCCUUAAAUCAUUAUUAUCAAAACAAGUUGAACCAAUCUAAGGACCUUUUGAAAGGAGCGACGUAGCAAAGAACCUGAGAGACCCAGGAGACGCCCAAGAAGAGCCGGGGAGGGGGGGGAAUUCCAGCCGAACUGCUACUGUCCCUUCCCCACCAAGGCCUGCCCCAAAUCUGGCAAGGGAAGGUUGGGGCGUGCACUGACUUCUAGGGCAAUGUUUUUACAUUAUGUUUUUCUUAUAGCAGGCGGGUGGGCAGUCUUACCAUUUUUUCCCUUCUGUAUUUGCUUCCUUUCCCGCCUUGACUGGACAACUCAACUCUUGAAUCUACUCUUCCUUUCUUUCUCCCUGGCCUUCUGCCUCUAGUGUUAACUGCUAUAUUUGCACAAUUUCCACAAGCUAAUGUUUUUCUUUUAAGGAUUGAAAGUAUAUGGAGGGGAGGGAGGAUACAAAUCUGCAAGAAAACUUUGCAGGAUAUUUUUUUUCCAACAGAUAUUUGUGUGGGAGAGAAAUGAGGGUGAGUAGAACCUAGAGAAGCAGUCCCAGGCAUCCUUUAUUCUUUCCACAAUUUGUCCUGUGCCAUUUUAAAAAUGUUAUUUAGCACAGGCCAAAUAAAUGCUCUAAUUUUGAAUGCUGCUUAAGAGUGUGCUGGAGACUUAGAAACAGGAAGGCAAAAAAAAAAACUAAAACAAAAAAGAGGAUAGGCAUCUAUGAAAACAACCUCGCCUGAAGGGAGAUUUUUCUCAUCUAUAAGAAGCAAUUCACUUUCCCAAAGUAUGCUUGCACUGGCUUUUUAUAGAAGUCAGGAUCAGCUUUUGUAAGCGGAGUUUAACAAUUCUCUCUAAGUUGACCGUACCCAGUUCUCAUUGCAGACACACACACAGACACAGACCUCUCCGUGUGUAAGCUUUCAAUUAAGAGGACAAAGGGAUAUUUUCAAAGAAGCAGUUUUCCACAUACAAGUGUUGUACAGCCACAGCGAAAGGAGCUACCUAUGCUAAUCCACUUUCUCAGUACAGAGGAAAAUGUUCUUGGUGCCAGGUUUAGCAACACCAGAAUCAUGCAGGUUUAGAGAAUAGCUACUUUUGUCUGUUGAAAUUUCAUGGCUCCACCACAUUCUGGUGGCACUCCGAAUGGCAAUGUAAGGCCUGGUCAGAUUAUCAGAAGGGCAGUCUUUAUCCAAAAAAGUAGAAAAGUGACUGAGUGUUCCAACAUGCAACUGCAGUUUUGCCCAGAUAAAUGUGGUGUGUAAGUUCCAGCAUUGUUUUUAUGUUGGGUAUGUGUGCGUGUGAGUGUGCAUGCUCAUGGACAUACAACUCUUUCAAAUGUUGAUUGAUAGCACCCUCCUAUCUUCAGCAGACUAUCUCCAAAAACAUAAACAAGGCUUAAACUUUAAAGCAAGAAGUAAUGGCCAGGCAACCAAAGCUGAGUCUAACCAAGUCCUCUUUGUGUGCAACAAAAUAUUCCGCGAGAAUCGGAAAUGAUAGUAGCUGAUCGAUGGAUUGGCCCAUGAGAGGGAAAGAGAGAGGUGUGGCUCUUAACUGCGCGGAAGCACAACCAUUCAGGUUCUUUUCUGAAUGCUGAUGUCGAUGGUCAGUUACGGUCUCUCAGGAAAGUGUUUGGAUGGUUGCUUCCUUGCUAGAAACUUUAAAUGAUCUGUGACCAACACAGUAUUCUCUCUCCAGCUUAUUAUGACUUGCUUUGGUUACCUUAUCUCCCUGUUUCUUUAGGCAGCAGGUAAAUAAUAAUCUUCAUAGGAACAGCAUGGGAUUGUCCACUUGCAUUUAAUGCAGGUGCGGAGGCUAGCAGAAAAGUACCAGAGAGGUCACUGCCUCCCCUUCCCCCCCCCACAAAAAAAACCCUGAAACCUGCUUUCUGUUUUCUCCUAUUUCCUCCAACCCAAAGAUUCCUUUCCACUCUGCUUCUGAUCAUUAGCUGGCUCUGGAGUUCUUGGUUAGCAGACUAUCACCAACAUUGGUGCCAACAUUGCAAAAGAGUGGAAAGGCUGCAAAACAAACAAAAAACCCCCAGAACUGAGACUCUUAGUUACUUGCAUGUUCUCUAGGCUGAAUCAGACAUCUCCCGUAUGAUUAGACAAGGGUUCCUUUAUUGCUGCCAUGGAGAUUUCCAAGGUAUCUUGUAAUGUUUUGGAACGAAACGUGUGUUCCUUCGUUUUAUCUUGGCACAGCUGAAUUAGAAGGUAUCCUCAGUUAAAAGCAAAGCCUUUAUAUGUGAACUCUGUACCAUUGGAAAGGAGACUUUUGCUUAUUAAAUUGUGUUCAGUGGCAGAUGCUGAGCAUCACUACAUCCCUGCAAAAGAAGUUGCCACUGUUCUUAUUUUACAAGCAUAGAAAUGAAGCUCAGUGAAAGGGAAAUUUUCCAGCUGAGCUAGGACUUGGUUCUUGCUUUAUGGCCACAGUAAACCUGCUGGCCUUCCUGAAUUCUGUCUGAAUGUAUGCUGGCCAUGUAAUCAUGUACCAAAGGGCAAUUUAUACAUUUGCUAAAAUGAAUUUAUAAAACACAUUUCUAGCCAACCAAGUGAGUCAGUUCUGACAAUUCUGAUACGCCUAGUAUUUUUUUUCAGUCCCAUACGGUACUAACAGAAUCACUAUUCCAUAUUCCACCUUUCUUACUAAAUGUGAGAGAGACAUGCCCUUUCGAGGGUUUCACUGGGAUUCUUCCUGGAUUUUAUUUCCUUUUUCUCCUCUCUUCUUUCAUUUAUUUCUUCGUCAUUCCAUCAAAUAUUCUACUCUUUGCAUUAAGACGUUCAAUUCUGUAUGUAAUGCUUUUUACUAUUAUUUUAAGUUUACCAGUAUGUUGAAGUCACUGCCCUAUUUCAACUCAGGUGACCAAAUCCACCGAAUUUUCAGCCUUCACCCAUCUGCCUACCUAGUAUCAAUAAAUUAAGCUGUUCUCUCAGCCUACAUAGUGUUGAAAGAGAAGGUAUUGUAAAACAUACCAGGCCUGAUCCUAUCUAUUCCCUUAGGAAGCAAAUAAGGGGAAGAGUGAGAUGUGAUAUUUGUGUGUGUGUGUGUGUGUGUGUGUGUGUGUGUACACACAAAAUGUUGUUACAAUCUAAUUCUUACACCUCAGUGGGGCACUGUGUAAUUAACUGGAGGAGUUGAGACAAUAUCAAAUGCGGUUUUUACACUAACAGUGGAAAAUACCAAAUGGAAAAACAUAUUAACAUUCCUCACCAAUAGAACAAUCCUUUGAAUAUACAUCUCAAAUUACUUUGUAAUUUUUAUUUUUAAUUAUUUCUUUAAUUAAAGAGGAGGAAGAAGAGAAGACAAUAAAAUAAAACGAACAAAAAAAUCUGUGGAGUCCUGAGAUAAUUCUGGAUCCAUAAGACCUGUGGGCUGUUGCAUGACUGUGAUAGAAUUUAGUCUGAGUUAAUCUUUUUUCAAAAGAAAAAAAAAUGCAAGUGUUGAAUAUUAGAGAUUUGGUUAGACUUUUUUAUUUUUUGAAAUUUUGGACUUAAUUUGUCACUUCUUGUACAAGAAACAAAGAAUUAAUGUAAAUUGUUUAUUUCUGGAAAAUGGUACUCAUAUAAGUCUUAAAGGACAGCUAAAUGUUGCUGCACAUGAAGGAUACCAUAAUGUUUUAUAGGUUCACCUCUCCAGACUUUGAAGUGUACUUGGGACUAUAAACAUUACAUGAUUUA